GCACUGCUAAUGCAAACAAAUGAUCAAAAUGGCCGCCACAGCUCCGUAGGGUGUUCAAGUUCAUUGUGAUGUUAUUAGAAAUAGUUUUGUGCAAUUUUUGGUGUUUUUCCUGUAAUGAUGUGUUUUCUUUGACCCUCGACGCCUUUCCCACGCAACGAAGAUGAAACCGCUGCUCUUGCUGGCGCUUUCGUCCCUCAUAAACGGCUUGCAGCACGAAAUCUCCCACAUAGAAGACGCAAUAAUUCCGCCCCAUGACAAGUGCAAGCCCAUAACUGUGCCUUUUUGCAUCGAUGUCCCCUACAACAGCACCAUUUUCCCCAAUCUUGUGGGGCACAACACCCAGGAGGACGCCGGCUACGAGGUGCACCAGUACUUCCCCCUGAUUAAGAUCAACUGCAGCGCCGAUUUGCACCUGUUCCUGUGCUCCGUGUUCGUCCCAGUGUGCACAAUUCUGGAGAAGCCGGUGCCCCCAUGUCGCUCUUUGUGUCUCUCGGCCAAGUCGGGCUGCGAGGGGAUCAUGCGGAAGUUUGGGUACAACUGGCCGGAAAACCUCGACUGCAACCAAUACCCCGAAAAUUCGAAUCUUUGCGUGGAAAAGCACAAUAUUAGUGUGACCCCGACACCGGCGAAUGAGCCCCCAGACUACCCCAAAACCAAGUUUGAUUUCAAGGGGAGAGCAAAGUAUCCCAGGGAUUUCGGGUUUGUGUGCCCCCUGCAGUUCGAAGUGAAGAACAUGGAUUACUCCCUCAAAGUCGGGGAUAAAGUGGUGAAAAACUGCGGGGCCCCCUGCCACAUGAUGUUCUUCAACGAGAACAAACAGAAAUUCUCGCGGGUCUGGAUCGGAACAUGGGCUGUUCUGUGCUCGGCCAGUUGCCUAUUUACAGUUUGCACAUUCUUGAUUGACACCAACAGAUUUCGGUACCCCGAACGCCCCAUUAUUUUCCUAUCAGUUUGCUAUUUAAUGGUAGCGCUGGCUUACGUCGUCGGCUUCAUAGCCGGCGAUUCGAUAGCCUGUAAAGAACCCCCGAUUUCUGAUGAUGGGAUCAGAAAAGUGAGCAUUAUCACACAAGGGACCAAAUACGAAUUGUGCACGAUUUUAUUCAUGGUCUUGUAUUUCUUCAGCAUGGCGUCGAGCAUUUGGUGGGUGAUUUUGACUCUGACGUGGUUUUUGGCCGCUGGGUUGAAAUGGGGACACGAGGCGAUUGAAGCCAACUCGCAGUAUUUUCAUCUAGCAGCCUGGGCGAUUCCCGCCGUUAAGACCAUCACCAUUCUGGCCAUGGGAAAAGUCGAUGGUGACGUGCUGAGCGGCGUUUGCUACGUCGGAAUUUGGAACGUGGACGCCUUACGAAUCUUCAUUCUCAUACCUUUAUGCAUUUAUCUAGUCUUUGGGUUAGUAUUUUUAACUUCCGGCUUAAUCUCGUUAUUCCGUAUUCGUACGGUAAUGAAACACGACGGUACAAAAACCGACAAAUUAGAAAAGCUAAUGAUCCGUAUCGGCGUAUUUUCCAUUUUAUACACAGUACCUGCAAUGAUGGUCAUUGCUUGUCUAUUUUACGAACAGUUUAAUUUCGAUAAUUGGAUGUUGACUUGGAAUCACGACAUGUGCGUCAAACAGACCUAUGCUGUUCCUUGUCCGCAAGACAUUAGGGAAUAUUCACAUCCGCUCUUUCCCAUUUUUAUGAUCAAAUAUCUCAUGUAUAUGAUUGUGGGAAUAACGUCAAGUGUGUGGAUUUGGUCGGGCAAAACGGUGCACAGCUGGAAAGUGUUUCUUAACCGACUGAGAGGCAGACAUGCGGCUUAUGUUUAAUGCACAAUUUUUUUAUUUCUGUUGUUCAGAUAACUACCUCCAUUUUAGCGUCCGAAAUUUUUUCAAGACUGCUCUCUGGCAAUAUGUAAGGACAAAUCAGUUCGCGAUGCUUCCAAAUUGCUUACAAACGCACUGUUUAAAUGUACGUAAGAUCCCCAAAUGUAAUAUAUUUUUGUACAUUUUUGUAUAUAGUUUAACAAAGCUGACUGAAAGUUUAAAACACAAUUCGGUUUUUUCGAAAAAAGUAUUUUAUGAGAUUUUUACGAAUGCUGCUAGAAAACGUACUGGUAUUUAUAUUAAGUAAUUUAAUUUUUUAUGUAUUUUUAUAUUUGUGUUCCCCUAAAAAGCUCAACGUCCUUUUUAAAACUGUUGUGAUGCUGUCAAUUAUACAAAAAUAUUUAUAGCAAGUUGUUUUUGAGCUUGUUGACUAUUAGACUAGAUUCUUAGUUUUGUUGUAUGUUGUAACAAAUUGGUAUUAAUUUUUUACUCACUAUGUAUGUAAUUUAAGUUAAGAGAAAAUACAUCAAUGUUUGUCAAUUAA